AUGGUUCGCGCAACAAGCGGUAACUACGGCGAGGUCGGGCCCGAUACCGACGAUUGUCUCCCACAGUACCCACAUUCACUGGAGCUUCAACGCUAUGGCGGCUGGAUGAACCCUUACUACGCAAACUUUGGUCUCUCGGGUCUCGAGGCCCAAUUUCCCUCCUUGACCGGCUUGACCUUUGACUGGAGCAAUGAGCGGGCCAUCGAAGAUUCCUCCGUCGCAGUCGAUCCCCAAAGGUGGCAUCCGCUCUUCCAAAAGGCCCGCUGGUUUGACCUUAGGUCCCCCGUUGACCUUAACAACCACUCUCUGGCCGCCCCCCAUUGGUCCAUCGACAAUCCCGACGUCUUUUACGAGCUGGGUGUCUGCAUCGAGAUGGCAAACAGAAUGUUCGACCAAGCCCUGUGUACAAAAUGGCUACACGCCCUCUUCUUCGGCACCUGGGAAGUGGCAGGGACCAAAUACAUCAAGUGCAACCGAGAAACCGACGUCGACGCCGACAGACUUAGACCUGAUGGUGACCCCAAUGUUUCCAUAACCCAGGCCGAGCGGAUAAAGCUUUACAGGGAGACUGUUACUGCCGCCGACCACAUUGUUUGGUCCUUCUUUGACGGCGACGAUCCUCACGAGUUUGGCUUCCCACAUAACGCGGAUGACAAGUUCACGUCGGGUUACACAAACGUUCAUAAGGACAAGACGACAGGAGAGUACUUUGUUGUUAUUCGCAUGAAUGCCCGCAUAUUGAGGACCCUGCUGCAAGACAACAAUGGUACUAGCGAUCCGACCGAUUAUCUCAGGACUGUCGAAAAACACGUUGCUCGUGCGCAGUUCGCCAUUACGGUGGUACAUGAGUUGGCGGAUGCACUCAACUGGGUCUGCAUGCUUCAAGAUGGAAAGCCCCUUGACUCAGCCGAGCCAGUCUACAACGACGAGUGUAUGGCCGAGCUGGGCUAUUCGAUCGAAAAGAACCUGUUUGGUGCUACUUUCCGUUACAUCCCAGAAGGCAGCGAAAGACACCUAAUCCCGUCUACAAUGCCCGGUUUGCGCCAGUACGGCUUGGCAUUAUACACAUUUGAGGACGCCUGUUGGGUGUGGAACCCAACUGUCAGUACGGUUGACAAUGACAUCCACUGGCCCUCAGGCCAGCCCUUAUCCUUCGACCGAUAUCCCAUUCCCACCUUCUUCUCAGCCUCCCUCCAAAUGCAAGAUUUCUGGGACAACGUGGUGGCAACCAAAGGCCGAAGCGCCCUACGGCCACCUCGCCCCUUCAAAGCCCCCGUACUUGAAAUGAAAGAACUAACCCGCGUCUACUCCGUGGUCCCCAACCCUGACAACCCCCAAACGUUUGAAGCAUAUCCGGACGUAGCCGCUAAAUACCAAGACUGCGUCGACCACCUCCAACUCCGCAAGAAGGCCUGGAAACACUGGCGCGGCAUUUCAGGACAAAAGGACCAUCUUGCCGAAGCCUACGCCCAGUGGCAACGCACCCCUUACUCCCUCGUGGAAUGCCGCAACUGCGUCGAACUGUUCACCGAUGCCGCUGGCAGGCUCGACGAGAGGACUUGCACGCACAUGAUCGUCGAGCUUGGGGACAAGAUUGAAACAUGGGAGCAACACGCCGGCGAGGCCAGACCGCUGGGCUUCGUCUACACGAUGCUGCUCAAACUCAUGAAAGCGGUAAACGCACUGGUCAAGGGCACAAAGUGGAGGUUUCCUGACCGCCACGUAGUCGCCGAGAAGGAAGGCAAGACGUGGAAAGUGCUGGAUCUGUACAGCAUGAAAUCAGAUUACAAGUUUAUCACUUCCUACGACGCCCGCUCCGACUUGAUCUCCAGCGCCCUACGCGAGGGGCAAAGGUGCUGGACCAUCCUCCCGACCCCCACAGGCUUGCUGGAGGCCAUCAGGACGUGUGCACAUGAGCUCAUGGAUGCGCUCGACCACGAGGCUGAUGCCGUCGGCUAUAACACCCAAGACUGGCUGCCCUUCAACUUUAGCUUUCCAGAAUGGGACAUGGGUUUUGAACAGAGGGGCCCAUCAGAUGAGGUCGGAAACGUGGUCGCCGUGGCGGAGCGUGACGCGCGAAAAAUUAAUAAGGAUGCACACCGCGCGUUUCUUGGGAGCCCGCCGCCGUCGCCUCUUGGCUCGAAGGGGGAUGGGACUAGUGAUGAUGAUGAUGAGGAUGAGGAGGAGGAUGAGGAGGAGGAGGAGGAGGAGGAGGAGAAGGAGGAGGAUGUUGAUGAAAAUGAAGAUAUGAAUGACGAUGACGACGACGACGACGACGACGACGACUACGACGACAGCGAAAGUGAUAGUGAUGAUGAUAGUAAUAGUGACAUCGAGAUGGGCGAUGCGGGUCAGAGCCAGAGCCAGAAUGUUGGUGAUCGUCCAAAGAUGUUUCUGGAUAUCGGAAAACUGAGUGGUGUUUCCCAAGCCAUGAUGAGCCGGAGCAGUACCCGUGGUCGUGGUAUCUCCAAACCUCGUGGUCGUGGUUCUUGCGGUAGACGAGGCGGUGGCCGAGAUGGUGGACGAGGAGGCGAAAACGCCGGCUCCGGUAUUGGUGUCAUCUGCCGUCGCGGUCGCGGCCGCCAGCAAGCCUGGCGAUCCAAUGCAUCCGACGAUGAGGACGAUUAUGAUGUUGAAGAGGAGAUGCAAGAUGAAGUCGACCCCGAUGCAGGGGAAGUAGAACAAGAAAACGAAUCUUCCUUCGCCUCAGAAGAUGAAAUGGGCCUGGACGAUGACAUCGUAAGCAUUUCUAGUUUCGCCUCUCAGCGAGCUUCACCCGUCGAAUCUCUCCCCAACCUCUCCCAGCUACAACUCAGGAAGCGGCCCCGCUCCAUCUUCAAAAUCUUCUUUGAGAAAUCCAUUCUCUUCACUGCGAAGGAACGGGACGACCUUAUUGCCGGCCACCGCAACUUCCACGACUCAAGAAACACUUGGGGGGAACUGUUGGAGCUGGAAACCGAGCUGUCGUGCCGAGUGGAAGAAGCCCCUAACCCCAAGGCGGACGGGGUAACGGCAACGGAUGUAAAGGAAACUCCCGACUCCCUCUUCUACCAAGAACCCCGUCACCGAGGCGGGUUCAGGACACAUCUCGCCCAACAGUCUCCCAACGGCUGGGCGGUUGUCGAUGGUAAGAGCUGGGUGCAUCUCGAGGACAAUCCCGAUGCCCUGUUCCGCGGCAAGGUCUUGCAGAAGAUAACGCUGGAGGAAGUGAGAGAGUUCAAUGGGCACGAUGGACGGCCAUUGUGGGCGUAUGUUGGGAGAGAUGUUUUUGAUCUUAGCAGUGUCAAAGACGAAGGAGACGGCCGCUUCAAAACCCUCGUCCGCAGCAACAUCGCAAGGUACCAAGACUUGAACUCUUUCUGUUUUGAUCAUGAAAAGGAUCCCCUUGAUCUCAGGAAUCUACUGUGGCCGUGGCGGUGCGCCAAGAUUAAAGUGGUUAAGAAAACCAAAGAGACACGGAGACUGGAAGUCUUCACGAAGAGGGAGCUCGGUCCCCACAUUUUCCCGGAGGUGGGAAUGUAUAUCUGUAUAAACGAGACCGUAUAUGAUGUUUCUGGGUACAUGGAAGACCAUGCCGGCGGUACCUUGAGGAACUACGCCGGUUGCGUUACAGAUCUGCAAGAGUUGACAGCCAAGUUCACCGAAGAACAUGUUCUGGAACCUCGUGUAUACGGCCGGAUCAUCCCUACUGUUCCCGACCCAGAAAUCGAAACAAAUCGCCAGAGACUGGAAAAAGUCCUCUUGAAGUACGAAGACUUGCAAAUUGGCUACAUCGUCAACGAGGUCGGACCUAACCCCCCACUUCGCCCCAACUGCCUAACUCUGUACAAUUCCGUAUACGACUUCACUUGGCUCUUUCAACAUCAAGGCAUCUUCCACGGCACUCGAUAUCUCGAGGAGCAGGAAAUCAAACGCCUCUGCCGCUUGUGUGGUAAAGAUAUUACGGAGCGCUUCAAAAGGAAGAGCAAGCGAGGGGAACAGCUGCGCAAGAUCUUCAACAACAUCCGCGAAAUCAAAUACUCCUUGAUCACUGAGAAAAUCUACCGCCCUCCCAGUAGGGAGAUUUCCGUGCGCGACCUGAAGCUGCACGGCAUCAAGACGCUCGCGACCAGAGCCCAGCGCAUGCGCAAAGCUGCUCGAUGGUCCCAACUCUGCUACCGGGGCAGAGGACACUUAUCUCAAUGGGCCCACAAAGCCGCGAUCGAAGGCGAACAUCUGUGGGUCAACGUCGGCGGAGUUGGCGGUUUUGUCUACGAUAUCACCGACAUGGUGCUCUACUCCGACAUCGACACCUCGAUAAACAUGCGGUGCCUGUCUGGAACGACGCUCCUCAAUCAGUUUGACAGCGAGGAGGAAGCAGAGGCGGCGGCACAGAUCGAAUAUACUGAUAGAGCCGCGUAUGCCCUGUUCAAGGAGAAGGAGACUGCCUGGGGGCUGGCGAAGAGAUUUAAAGCCAAGGUGGUGGGGGUUUUGGUGGCAGAUCUGGCUGGUCGCUCUUUUCAGGACCAAGAAGGGGUGAAGGUGGAGAAGCUGGAGAAGGGUGAGGAGGAAAUGUUGUUUGCUGACAAGUUGUUGGAGUUUGACGAGAACUUUACCACGCCGAGUCCCGCUCGGCGGCCUCAAGCAACCCCGGGAACCCGGUCGUCUAGAGGUACCCGUGUCUCCACCCCAGGAUCGGUAGUCCGUGCUACAGACAAUAGCCAAGAGCUCUUCCGACCCGGAUCUUCUGGACCUCGACCUUCUCAGACCCAGGAGGACUUCUUGCGCAGACCGACACCCCCCUCUCAACGAGUUCGCAAGAGGCUGAGGGAGGAAGUGUCUGAAAUUAUGGACGGAAAACGAAUUAAUUUUGGAUUCCAGUCCUCCCUCUCCUCCUCCUCCUCCUCCUCCGCCUCCUCAAUUGACAAUGUCGCACCGGGCUCGCCAUCCGCCGGACGAAAGCCCAGAAGCAAAAAGCCAAGAACAACGAGACCAGAGAGGUCGCCGCAGGCUAAGCGUCCUCGAAUCGCUGGCCGGGAUUUGGGAGUCAGAAAGGAUCAGGUAAAAGGUCUGGCUACUGGCAAUCGCGGGUUGGUGAAUAUGAGAGUGGAGAGGGAGGAGGCGAAGGCUAGAGCGGCCAGGGAAAGAAGGCAUAAGGCCGCCACUGCUUCGGCGGUUGCAGCUGGAAAGGCAAGUGCGGAUGCGAGGAGGGGUCCUGGUGGUGGUAGCAGUCAAGUACCGGCGCCGGCGCCGAGGGCGACCACGCGUGUUGGUACUGGUGCUGCUGCUGUAUCUAGCACGUCUCAGGGUAAAGGUACAGGACUGACGGCGGCUCUUCAGAUGACUAGAUUGUCUGGAAGGGCCAGUGCGACGCCUGGACGUACUGGACGAGGAGCUCCCUUGGCUCCGGUGCGUGAAGAUGAUGAAGAAGAUGAAGACCCGAGAGGUCAGAAGCGAGACAGGAGUGAUUCCCCUGAAGAAUCGGAGGAGUGGUUAGCGGAGAAGAGAAACCAGGGCCGUCGUGCUAGGCAAAAGUCUCCUGAAGAGGAUUUAUCCGGACAAGAGGGCGAAGAUGACAAUGGUGAAAUGGUAGAUGCCGGUGACGGACAACGUGAUCGUCAACGCACUGCAACUCCCAGAUCUCAGCAACAAGGCCAACAGCAGGCAGGAAGAACUCAACCCCAGCGUCAACCAGCAAGAGGUGCACAAGCUGCAGCACCCGGCGGUGGUCCUGCAUCCUCUGACGGCUCAGAAGGAAGACCUCCACGUCGAAGACCCGGAAGCAGUCCCCAUCGACCUAUUUCCCUCUCUAGUUGCGAGCCGGAUUCCUCUGACGACGAAGACGAGGACAAUAAUGACGGCGACGAUGGGAGAAAUCCACCUGGUCAAGCACAACCCAGCGCUCGCAGCCCUCGAGAUCCCCCUAUUCCUCUUCGACCCGUUGGCCGUAGGGGACAACCUGGUCCUUCAACUCCUGGUCGACAACCACCUGCAGAGAUAAUCUUCAGAAGUCCACCCCAAUCCAUUGGUCGCCGAGUAAUACCUCGCGGAGAUGAGAAUGAGGACGAUGACCUAGAAGUUAUCGAUGAAGAGGACUUGGCCGCCGCCCGUCCUGCCCAACCCAAUCCCGAAUUACCACAACUCCAACCAGGCAAUGGCACCCCCGUCAGGCCCCGAGGACCAAGGAUUAAACGCGUCAAUUGCCCACCUCCCAACCAACCUGCUCCUGUUUUUAAUCGCCCCAUUCCAGGUCGUGGCAAAUUCGUUCCUGAUCAGGGACUGAGCCCGGGACUGGUCAGACGAUAUGAACCCGGUUCGGAUGAUAGGGAUCGGUUUGCUGAGUACAGGGAGAGGGAAGAGGAGAGGUCUAGUGCCGAGGGCACUGAUCGGGAGGAUAAUGAGGACCACAAUAGUGUAGAAGAGGAGGAUGAGGAGUAUCAGGAGGCUAGUGCUGGGCGUGGACAUUCUGGUGGUUCGAGGAUGUCAAGGGGGUCUAGAGGAUCUCGUGGCUCUCGUGGCUCUUAUGGAACCGGUGUCAACAGAUGGUCGGAGUAUUCAGGCGACAGCAUCUUCCCUACCCCUGACCGAAACAGAGGAAGGGAUGCCGGGGAUGUCGAGAUGGAUGCCGCUGCUGAAGAAGAUGACGAAGACGAAGAAGAUGUUGCCAUGGGCGGCAUCAACGACAACCAAGAUGUUCCUGAUGAAGAACAGUUGGACGAAGGGCCGCCUCAAACUCCACCACAGAACAGCCGCGACCCCCGCCAUCCCGACUACGUCACCCCUCACCUCCGUCCCGAGUACACCCCGCGCCAGCGCGCAUAUCUCUACGAGCUUCAUCAAAACCGGCUCAAUUACAGUCCCACAAGCAGGCGCAAAUUUGACAAGGAAGCCCUCUACAAUUACCAGCUGAAUCGCCACGCCCAGCCCGGACGCGCAGCCCCUGUCUUCAGGACACCGCCGCGAUUCAGAGCUAAUCCUUUCGCCGGAGCCCCAAUCCCCAGCGACGAGCAGCUGGAAGCCAUGCUACGGCAGCGAAUUGAUGCCGCUGUUGCUAGUUUCACUGCAGUGAGAGGAUACCGAGCCGCGGUGCUGGAGAAUAGAGAGGAAGAGUAUCUUGCUGAGCAUGGCAGGCCUAACAUACGGGGGAAAUUGUUCCCACGUAUCUUUAACGGUCCGAGGCGAAGGCCCAGGCCGCAGCAGCAGCAGCAGCAGCAGCAGCAGCAGGGAAAUGUGGAUGAUCCGUUUGUUGAUAAUGAUGGGGAUGUUGAGAUGGAUGACGGCGAGGGUGAGGGUGAAGAAGAAGGAGUAGACCUGGAAGAAGAUCCCGAGAGUUUUGCGGAAGGAGAAGCGAGGGUUAGAAGGGAGACCACGGAGAGGUUUAUUGAGACUUAUAGGUCCACGCUCAGACCUAACGUUGAGGCAUGGUUUAUUGCGAGAAGGGUCGGCAUGUUGAGGGCCUGGGGAGAGGGGAGGGAGUUUGAUAGUGAGGAGGAUGUGGAUUUGCAGAGUGAGGAGGAGAACAGGAGGAGGGCUAGGGGUGGAAGAGGUGGGAGGGGUAGGAGAGGUGGAAGAAGUGGAAGGGGUGGAAGAAGUGAAAGUGGUGGUCGUUCAGGUGGGAGAGGCGCUGGUGGUGGAAGAAGGGGUGGUAGAGGGGGUGAGGAUGAUGAUGAUUUCGCUCCGUCACCUCCCAGGCCGCGUACUACCCGGUCUGCUGCCGCGAAGGCGGCUGCUGCUCCGGCUUCUGCUCCUGUCCCUGCUGCUGUUCCAGCUCCGGCUGCUGCUCCGGCUGCUGCCCCGGUUCCUGUCCCGGCUCCGGCUCCGGCUCCGGCUCCGGCUCCGGCUCCUCCUGCUGUUCCGGCUGCUCCCCCUACGCGCGUUGCUAGAAGCACUCGGAACAGGCCGGCUCCUGCUGACUCGGAUGAAGAAGAGGAACAGGAUGCUCAGAACCAAGAGGAAGAAGAUCGACGAGAGGCGGAGAGGUUGCAAGCUGCUGAGCAAGCCGCACCUAGGAGGGUGACGAGGGGUAGUACUAGGGGUGCUGCAGCUCAACCUCCAGCUGGGUCUCAACCUGCGCCCGCACCGGUACCGACAUCACAGCCUCGGCCUUCGGCUAAGCAAGCAGCUCCCGCUAAACAAGUCUCUCGCCCAGCUGCCCCAAGCGGCACCCAACCCCGACCACCCCAUCCCCCUCCCCCUUCCGCUCCUCUUCCCCGUCAGCGCCGCCGCGGCGACCCCGACCCAGACGUCUACACAGAUCUUCCCAUCCCACCCAAAGAAACCGAAGCACAACACGCUGCUCGCGUGCGAGCCAAGAAGAAGGAAGAGGAGGAGGCAAAGGCUGAGGAAAAGAGGAGGAGGAGGGAAGCUGGUGAGAAUGUUUCCUCUAGUGAGGAGGAGGAUGACGACGAGGACGAAGACAGUGAUGAGGAUGACAAAGAUUCGGAUGAAGAUUCGGAUGCUGAUUCUAAUUCAGACGACUCGGAUGACGAUGGAGCAAAGAAGAAAAAGAAAAAGGCGAAUAAGAAUAAGAAGGACAAGAAAGAGAAGAAGGCAGCGAAGAAGGGUGAUAAGAAGAAGAAGACUAAGAAGAAGGGAAAGAAUGGGAAGAAGAAUGAUUUGCCUGACGAAAAUGAUCCUAACCUCACAGAGCAGCAGCGGAAGGAGAUUCGCCAGAAAAAAGCGCAGAGGCUCCGCGAUAUGCUGUACCGAAGAAAGAAGAGGGAGAGGGAAAGGGAGGAGAAAAGGCUAAAAGAGGAAGAAGAGGAGGCUGCUGCUGCUGCUGCUGCUGCUGCCGGGGAGGGUGAGGGUGAGGGAGAGGGAACGAUUACUGUGUCUACCUCUACCGCUACCGCUACAGGUCCCGCUACGGCAACGGAUAAGAAGAUGGACAAGGGCAAGGCAGCCGAUAAAGACAAGGCCAAAGCCACUGACAAGGGCAAAGCCAGGUCCAAAAAGAAGGGCAAGAAAAAGGCUACUUACUUCUCUUCUGACGAAGACGAGUACGACGAAGAUGAGGACGAAAACUCCGACGCCGAGUCCAAUGAAAGCCAUGGCGAUGAGGGGUUUAAUAACCACCGUGGAAGAGCGGGGGAGAGUUCGGCGGUGGGAGGGAGGAGGGAGGCGAGGGCUACAGCUGCGAGGGCAGCGGCUACCAGGGCAACGACUACCAGGGCUACGGGUGGGUCGAGGGCUAGUGCAGGAUCCAGGAGAGGUGUGAAUGAUCCGGAUGAUGAUGAGGAGGAGGAAGAAGAGGAGGAAGAAGAGGAGGAAGAAGAAGAGGAAGAAGAAGAGGAGGAUAGUGAUGAGGAUUUUGUGGCGUGA